AUGGGGUAUGGUGGUGGGAAUGUUGCCAGCAGUGUUACUGGAGUGUUUGGUUAUGAUACAGUCUAUAUUCAAGGACUUACCAUCACAAAUCAAGAAUUUGGACUGACCAUUACAGAACCCAGUGGUAAUUUCUACUAUUCCCCAUUUGAUGGUAUAUUGGGAUUGGCUUAUCCUGGUUUGUCUGUGGGUGGUGCCACCACUGUGAUGCAAGGAAUAUUGCAGGAGAAUCUCCUGAAUCAGCCUAUUUUCAGUGUCUACCUUGGCAGGUAUGAUGUACAUAUCCAAUCAGGUGAAGUUGUUUUUGGAGGUGUGAAUUCCAACCUUUACACUGGCCAGAUCAAUUGGGCUCCAUUGUCUAAUGAUCUGUACUGGCAGGUUGCUCUUCAAGAAUUCUCCAUCAAUGGACAAGCUACUGGCUGGUGUAGCAAUGGUUGCGAGGCCAUUGUAGAUACUGGAACCACCCAGCUGAAUAUCCCUGAACCAUACAUGCAACAGCUGCUUCCAUACCUUGGUAUUCAACAGACACAGAAUGGAGGAUAUAAUGUGAACUGCAACAAUCUUCAGAGUAUGCCUACUCUUAGCUUCACCAUCAAUGGUGUUUCCUUCCCAUUGCCUCCAUCAGCCUAUAUUAUUCAGUAA